AUGGCCAUGGCACCAGAGCCGUUGCGCUGGUCGUCGGAUUUCAAGGUCACUCCGUCCCAACUUACACCUAAACUGCCCGGAGAUAAGAUCAUCUUGCCCCAAUCUGCUCUGGCACAGCUCUUGGCUGCCGCUCCGCUCCAGGAAACGAACCCCCCCCCUCGUUCGCACACCGCUGCCUUCGAUCCGCUCAACCCAUAUACCUUUGCGGCCGAGUCUAGGGCGAGGGAGCAGGCCGGGAGUCGCCAGCGUCAACUACCCCAACCGCUUACGUUUCGCGUCAUUAACCCACAGAAUGGCCGUGCGAUCUAUGCGGGAAUCCGGGAGUUCUCCGCCGAGGAUAAUGAAGUAGGCAUGAGCGCCUUCAUCCGUGCUGCUCUUGGACUGGAGGAGGAAUCCUCGCCGCAAUUGAACCUUCAAAACCCGCUAGGAUCCCUGUCUUCGAGCGUUCCGCCGCCCCCGUCACCCCGCCCUGUGGUCACAAUCCACGUGAAACAACUGCCGAAAGGCACCUACGUCCGCCUGCGCCCCCUCGAAGCCGGCUACGAUCCGGAAGAUUGGAAGGCCCUUCUCGAGCGUCAUAUGCGUGAUAAUUACACCACGCUAACAACCGGCGAACUUCUAACGGUGCCCGGCGGCCAGGAUGGGUCUUUUAGGUUCUUGGUCGACAGGGUGGAGCCGGAGGGUGAUGGAAUUUGCGUCGUCGAUACGGACCUUGAAGUUGAUAUCGUGGCUCUGUCCGAAGACCAGGCCAGGGAAACAUUGCGGAAGCGACUGGAGAAGGCCUCGCGUGCGCCUGGAACUCAAACAGGUUCGUCGAUGGGUGGCGCACUUGCAUUGGGAGUGUCUGUCGCUGGCCAAGUGAUACCAGGCGAAUACGUGGACUAUGAACUUGACAACUGGGACCGAGAACUUCCAAUAGAGGUUGAACUUGAUGUCGAGAGUGUAGAACAUGCAGAUGCCUAUCCGUUGAUCAGUCCGUUUUCCACGCGACAGCGGAAUCGUCCGAGGGGGGAUGAGCACAUCUUUAGUGAUUUCUCAGGUAGACCGUCGAAACGAAUCAGAAUGCAGCCGACAAACAUGGCGCUUGAGGGAGCAGAGGCUUUGUACAUAUCGGUAUAUGCCUUCGCCACCGCUCCCACCAAUCUGGAACCAUCCACGACGCCCUUGCGGUUUAGUCUGCGCGUGGCCGGUAGUUCGCCGGCCGAUGACGGAGAAAAACACACGACAGAAGACACGACCCCUACACCCCAAAAUCCAGAUGAUGAGGUGCAAUGCAAGAAUUGUCAUCAAGAGGUGCCCCAACGGACUUUGAUGCUGCACGAGAACUUUUGUCUUCGGAAUAACGUAUUUUGCUCUCACUGCCACACCGUAUUUCAGAGAAGAUCAUUGGAAUGGGAACAGCACUGGCACUGCGAUCGCGAUGAUUCUCAUGGCAAUGACUUGCCAAGCAAACACAGGCAUGACGCGAUCUUCCACACCGCAUGGCGUUGCCAUGCCUGCGGGCUCGAAGAGCAGCAUCAGGGGCUUCCCCAGCUUGCUCGGCACCGCACCACGGACUGCCCGGGUAAGCCGAUUCUGUGUCAGUUUUGCCACCUUGUGGUUCCCCAGAAGGGUGACUCGGACCCCGAGAUGCAUGAUCCGGAAGUUUUGAUGUCUGGGCUCACUCCCCACGAGUUGGUAGAUGGCGGGAGGACGACCGAAUGCCACCUAUGCGGUAAAAUUGUUCGACUGCGAGAUAUGAGGACGCAUCUGCGUCAUCAUGAUUUGGAGCGGUUAUCCAGACCGCCUCCUUACAUCUGUAGGAAUCAGAAUUGCGGGCGGACCCUUGAUCGCCGCAGCGCGCAAGGUACAGCAGCCAUCCUAGGAACCGACACUUUGGGUCUCUGCAGCAUCUGUUUUGGACCCCUUUACGUGGACAUGUACGAUCCGGAGGGGAAAGCGCUCCGGCGCCGCAUCGAACGACGGUAUCUCUCCCAAAUGAUGUCAGGAUGCGGGAAACCCUGGUGUCAAAAUGAGUACUGCAAGAAUGGCAGACAAGCCAAGCAAUCGUUCACGUCUGAUCGUAGUAUUGAUACCCAAACCAACAAUGCCCUUCCGGCGGCAACUGCCUUGGCCACGAUACGGCCCUUGGUUGAAGCUGUUGGCCUACAGAGUGGACGACCGAACACAACUGCUCCUUUCUAUUUUUGCACCGACCAAGUCGGCCAGCAGCGGCGCGUUCUCGCAGAGAUGUUGGCCGCGGAAUGUACGGCGACCGGCGGCAAAACAUACGAUUUGGCAUGGUGUAUUGCCGCGGUCGAAGCCACAGCGGGCAACAUGGACAAGGCGCCGGAGUGGUUGGAGAACUGGGCUCCUGCCCAGGGUGAGGAUUCUUCUGACGCCCUGACGUGA